AUGGAGUCUGUUCCCAAGUUCUUCAAUUACCAUGAGUACCGACAGUUUAAUCGAUCAGACCCGUCUAAGCCAAUAAUAAUCACGCAUUUUCCCAAUGUGUAUCCUUCAGAUGCCACAGAUAUAGAUAUACCGAAAGAGCAGACAAGAAUAGUUCGAAUUCCAAGGCUUAUGAGUAUUGACUAUCCCCAGUUCAGUCCUGAUUUUCCGGGAUGUGAGGAUGCAGCCAUUAAAGGUGCCGAAAAUGGCGGAGAAAGUGUUUUUAAACCGGAAUAUCAGUAUGAAGGACAAUGGUUCGGAACGACUUCUGCAUCUCCACUCGGUUUGUAUCUUCAGAAAGAUGAAUACAAAGCAAUUGUCUCCAAAGUUAAUGAUUUGCUCAAGGCGCAGUACGCGUCCAGUUUCUUCUGGGUCGUGUAUAUCAUCCUGGACAUCCUUACACUUGGAUUAUUGACAUGCUUCCGAUUUGGAAAGCAUCCUGCAGUUUCUCUUGAAGAGUAUAUUCGAACGAUUAAUAAGAACUUUAAAGAGGAGGGUAAGCUGUGCCGGGUCAUCAGUCCACGGCUGAGCGGGUAUCUCUCGCUGGAUUUUGAGAUUCCGCGUCCAGAACGACCGAUGUGA